AAUAAACCCUGCAGGAAGUAAUUACUACAGGUUGGCUAGAAAGUGAUGUUAAGCAACGAUAUCUUUAAAGUAAAACCUGAAUGCCUGGGCUGAUUCCAUUUUGACCCAGCCCAGUUCUACAUCGUCCAGUCCUCAGCGGACGUCGUUAUGAGCUAGAUUUUGCGUCGGUUUCCACCGUUUGGUAUUUUAUAGUAUUCUCUCUAACACACUUCCUCUAUCAGUCAACUCAUCGAUCGAUCUCUGAAUUAGCUACCUCUAAAAUUGAAUCACAAUGGGCGAGUCCGUCACCCCUCGUCGCAUCUCCGUCCAUCAAGCUCUUGGCGGCGGCCCAGGUAUCCGUUUACCUGCACGUAUACACGUAUUUAUGCAUGUAUAGGAAUACUGUGGCUGAUGUGUUGUUAUGGAAGAGAUGGUACGCAAGCGUUGGUGUUUUAGUGUCUGCAACAACUCUGUGGAUCUUAUUUGAGAAAGCUGGUUACAAUUUGUUAUCGUUUGUGGCUAACGUGUUGUUCCUUCUUGUUGUUAUUCUCUUCUUUUGGGCUAAAUCUGCUUCGCUUCUCAAUCGGCCAUUCCCUCCACUUCCAAAUUUGGAAAUUCCCGAGGAGAUUGUUGCCAAGGCAGCUGGUAUUAUUCACGUGUAUGCCAAUUAUGCAUUGUCGAUUGCGCGUGAAAUCGUGAUCGAGAAGAAUUUCAAGGUUUUCCUCCAGGUUGUUUCUGGUUUCUGUGUAGCAUCUUAUAUCGGUAGUCUCUGCAACUUCCUAACUCUUGUCUACAUUGGGGUUCUUCUUAGUCUUUCAGUUCCUUUGGUAUAUGACAAGUACCAGCACCACAUUGAUGAAAAGAUUUGUUUAGCCCAUAAAAUAAUUCAAGAACAGUAUAAGAAAAUUCAUGAUGCCAUCUUGAAGAAGAUUCCAUUAUCAUCAAACAAGGAAAAGAAAACACAGUAGGGUUUCAAGUUGUUCAGCAGACAGUGACUAGUCGCAUAGUGAAUGGAUUUUCAGCAUAUGAAGCUGUUGAGGGGUGAUUUUUCUUUUUGGUUGGGAUGCUGUCAAUAUUAGCAUCGAACAUCAGCUACUCAUGGCAGUUCUUUAGGAGCAGAACUAACCUUAACACCACCAAUGAAGAACAGUAGAUUUUUCAUUAUUUUUUAUCUGCAAGAAAGCCAUUGUUUUGAUUCUCUUGAUCUGUAAUUUUGUCAUUCCUUGCUGUUGUUUUUAUUUCUCACUAUUUCAUCCCCACUGGAUUAUGUUCUCCGAUUGUGGAGAGGAAACUAGCUUUUGAUAAUGGAAGUCUAUGAUAGCCAACUUUUUUA